AUGAUUGGCUUUUCUCCGAGUGGUGCCUCGUUCAUGGGCGAGGAAACAGCGGCUUCGAACAUGUGGCAGGCGCGAAAGCGACACCGCGUUCGCCACCGAAAAUCACGUCUUGGGUGCUUCCCCUGUAAGUCGCGACGGGUCAAAUGUGAUGAAUCUCGUCCUGUCUGUGGCUCUUGCUCUUCCCGCGGGGAGCCAUGCUCCUUCCCCGAACCACCAACAACUUCUAACAGAACACAGCGGAAGCCGCAACGCUCCCAGCAUCGCUGUGCUGGGAGUCCUCAUACCAAUGACCCGCAACCAUUCCUGGAACCACUGGGGAUAUAUGCGUCCUGGUCGGCGAGCAUUCCUACUCCAGUGAAUGGUCACUCCUUGAAUAUGGGCGACCUCCUGUCCAUGCAGUUCUUCCACUUGUACACGGCCCAGAUGAUGUCCUACCAUCCCAAACGGAGCAUGGUCUGGCGGCGAGUGAUUCCAGAUCUCGCUGCAAGCCACCCCUAUCUUAUGCACCUGCUUCUCGCCUUGGGCGGUGUGCAUAUGAUCACGGAGAAGAAUACACAACGGGUAGAGGGGAGAGACGCAAUAGAUUUGCUGGCGGUAAUGGAUCAUCAUCAGCAAGGAUUAAAGGGGUUCAGGGAAGAGGUGGUCAGGAUAUCCAAUGUCAAUGCCGAAGCUGUUUUCGCUGGAUCUCUCCUCCUUGUCGCGUUCGUCUACGCUUCCCUCCAGGUCCCCCAGCUGAAUCCGUGCGCGACACCUCUAGAUCAACAAUCACUCGAACCGAUUUGCAAGCUCAAUUUGAGCUGGCUGCAUCUUGUCCGAGGGGUGCCCACCGUGAUUCGGGAUCAGUGGCCGGUCUUGAAAGCAGGCCGCAUGCGGCCGAUGGUCCUACAUUUUCAUGGCGGGGACUACUGGGAUGAUGGUCCAUUUGUCUCAUCUUUCUCCAACCUUAGUCAAUGCUCCCCGCGUUUUGCACUGUUUGCCCAGGGAGCCUGCCAAGCUAUUAUGGACGUGAAGGCUUUUUGCGACGUAUUACAACCUCCCGAUAGCAAUGGGCUUGGCUCUACUCCCGGGAUUUCUCCGGUGUCGUCGGACUGGGCGACAUAUGCACCGUCAGGAGCCAUAGAUGUCCUGGACACGGUUUACUCGCGCGUUCUGGCGGUCUUGAAGUGUUCGGUGAACGAACAGGGCUCACAAGAUGAUUCAAACAUUCUGGCCAAUCUUGAAGAGGCUACCGUGCUGUCUUGGCCGAGCUUGGUUUCAGAUGCCUUUAUCACCUUGCUGGAUGUAGAUGAUCCGAUGGACCUUGGCCGGGGACUCUCGCUGGUCAUAUUAGCUCAUUACUAUGUCAUCAAUACCCUCAUAGGCCGCUGGUUUCUAGCGUCCUUCAAAGAGGAAGUCAUUAAGAUUCAAACAGUCGUCUCGCGUCUCCACAACGCUCAGUUAAGCCAGCUUAUGAUGUGGCCCGUGAAGAUUGCUUCCGCUUGA